UUGUCUCGCGUUCUUUUAGCUUAAUCAUACAUCAAAAAAAAAAAUCAAGCCUAGCAUGUCUAGUAGUAGUAGUAAUAACGGUAUUAUAGGUGGUUUUUGGCCUUCAUGGUAUGCAAGUUCAAACCCUCCAUCAAGCAUACCCAAACUUUACUAUACUCAUGUCUUCUAUGCAUUUGUCAACCCUGAUCCAGGUACAAAUUACAAAUUAAAGAUUGAUAAUGAAGGACUCAUGCACGAGUUCACAUGUCAUCUUCAUUCAAAUAAUAGCUCUGCGAAGGCAUUCCUCGCAAUUGGAGGUGCAACUGAUGAAGAAGCGCAGAAUGAAGCUUUUUCUGCAAUGGCCUGCAAACAAAAGACCCGUGGAUAUUUCAUAGAGUCCACUAUUGAAGUGGCUCGUAAGUACGGUUUUGAUGGUGUUAAUCUGGGUUGGGAGUUCCCCUAUGGUGAAGAAGGCAUGAAUAAUCUUGUUUCCCUCCUUGCUGAAUUGCGCUUGGCAGUUGAUAAGGAAGCUCAUCAAACGGGCAACACAAAGCUUGGGAUCGGUGUAUCUGUUUUCUUUGCUCCUGACUUGAGUUUAAUGUCAUCCAAAUGCAGGGUAUAUCCUGCUGAAGUCAUAGCGGCUAAAGUUGAUUUUAUUAACGUAAUGUGCUAUGACUAUGCUGGACAUUGGGAUACAUCUCGAACCGGUUCAAUUGCUGCACUUUACAACAACAGUUGUAAUUACAGUACUAGCUACGGAAUUCACAAAUGGAUAGAAGGCGGUGUGCCACGAGAGAAAUUAGUCAUGGGACUUCCAUUGUAUGGUCGGACAUGGAAGUUAAAGGAUCGAAAUAAUAAUGGUAUCGGUGCACCUGCUGUUGGUACAGGUCCUCAAGAUGAUAAAUACACCAUAGGGUACAUGUUGUACCAUAAUGUAAUGACUUUCAAUGAAAUCCAUGACGCAACUGUGGAGUAUGAUAAGGAGACAGUAUCGUACUAUUCUCAUGCUGGAACCAAUUGGAUAUCAUACGAUGGUGAGAAAUCCAUUGAGGCCAAGGUAAAAUACGCUAAGAAGCAGCGCCUGGGUGGAUAUUACUUCUGGGCCAUUGGACAAGACUGCCAGGACAACAGACUUUCCACGGCAGCUUUGAACGCAUGGAGGAAUUAAGGAAGCAGAUGCCUGGGGUUUUGAAGAUGUUCUAUCCGUGAAAUUUCUGAACAUGUUCUCUCGUUACGCGUUUGGGAUAUAAGUAUGAGAGAUUUUCUACUUUGUGCA